CAUUAAUGGGUGUGUUACUGUCUCUUUAAAUAUUUAACCCUUCCUCCUCCUCUGCUCUCUCUCUCUGUGUUUGGGAUGAUGGCCGCCCGUCAGGACUCUCCUCUGUAUCUGGGCUUUGACUUCAGCACGCAGCAGCUGAAGGUGCUGGCUGUGGAUGGGAACCUGAACGUGGUCCAUCAGAACAAUGUGCAGUUUGACGCUGAGCUACCUGAGUUCAUGACUCAGGGAGGAGUUCAUAUCCAAUCUGACAGACUGACCGUCACCUCACCUGUGCUCAUGUGGGUGAAGGCUCUGGACCUGCUAUUGGACAAGAUGAAGGAGGCGGGUCUUGACUUCUCCCGUGUCAGAGCGUUGUCGGGCAGCGGACAGCAACACGGCAGCGUGUACUGGAGAACGGGAGCAUCUGAGACCCUGAAAAACCUGGACCCGGAUCAGGACCUGAACCAGCAGCUGCAGAGCAGCUUCUCCGUCUCAGACUGUCCCGUGUGGAUGGACUCCAGCAGCAGUCAGCAGUGUGAGGACCUGCAGAGAGCAGCAGGGGGCGCUCUGAGACUGGCAGAGAUCACCGGAUCCAGAGCCUAUGAGCGUUUCACAGGAAACCAGAUCGCUAAGCUGCGGCAGACCAAACCAGAGGAGUUCCAAAGUGCCGAGAGGAUCUCAUUGGUCAGUAGCUUCGCUGCCUCUCUGUUCCUCGGAGAUUACGCCGCCAUCGACUACAGCGACGGUUCAGGGAUGAAUCUGCUGGACAUCAAGACCAGGGUCUGGUCUGAGAUCUGCCUGGAAGCCACCGCUCCCCAUCUGGACCGCCUGCUGGGAGCUCCUCUUCCCUCCACGGCUGUACUGGGUCCCGUCUCCUCCUACUUUGUGAAGCGGUACGGUUUCUCUGAGAGCUGCAGAGUCGUCACUUUCACCGGAGACAACCCGGCUUCUCUGGCAGGAAUGAGACUCCAGCAGGGAGACCUCGCUGUCAGUCUAGGUACCAGUGAUACAGUGUUUCUGUGGCUCCAGCAGCCUCGUCCAGCACUGGAGGGUCACAUCUUCUGCAACCCCGUCGACUGGCAGGAGUACAUGGCUCUACUGUGCUUUAAGAAUGGAUCUCUGACGCGGGAGCGAAUCAGGAACGAGCGUGCUGGAGGAUCAUGGGAACUCUUCUCCUCCUCCCUGAGAGACACGCCGCUGGGAAACACCGGACACAUCGGUGAAGCUUCCUUCUUUCCUUUCCUUUGUGUCCUUUCCUAG